AUGCGUUUAGAUUUAAAGGCCAAAGCUUUCAUGAAAUAUCGCUUUACAGUUCAGAACUUUGUCUCAUUACCAAACUUUUGUUUUAAAAAACAACUUUAUUGCCUCCAAUUGCAUGAAAAGAAUAAAGCAAGAGAAAAAAAACAAUAUCAGAAAGGACAUACUGACGAUGAAUGCGUGGGAAGACAUAGCAGAUGGUGGAUGAAGAGAAAGAAAAAAAUGAACUCUAAAAUGGAGCUGACUCCUAGGGACUUUGAAAAUUCAGUUCUCGUGCAGCGGAAACCGCAAUGA